AUGACGCAGUCGGCCAAUAGAAAUUCCAUCAUUGGCUGGGUAAAAAACCUCAAGCGAAAUGCGCUACUGAACGACUCCGUCAACGAGAUAGACCCCAAUGAAGACAGCAAUACCUUGGGGCUGCGGUCUCCUCCCCUUCCGUCUUUUAUGACGACGUAUAGCUCGCAGCCGAUUGCCUUUCCAACCCUGUCGCCGCGAGAUAAUUCUUCGUGGUUGCCUCAGGGCGGUACCCCUGACUUGCUCCGGCCGCAUCUCAGUCAUAAGUCUCGCUCGGCUAACAACAUAAACAGAGAGAGGUCGACUUCGAACCCCAGCGGUUCGCCAUUCCCUGAGAACAGUCACAACGAGAUCCGCCAGCAUCGGGAUUCGUUCUUGCAGAGCAAUCUGUUGAUCGACAAGAAUUCGCAGUACUUCGGUGUGCCUUUGUCUGAGGCGGUGGAACAGGCUGCAGCCAAGAUUUCUAUCCUUGGUUCUGCGUCGUCGUCCUCGGACUCAGACUCUGUCUUGCAUUAUGGCCGGAUUCCAAUCGUCGUGGCGAAGUGUGGGGUAUACCUAAAGAACAGCGGUUUGAACGUAGAGGGUAUCUUUAGAGUCGCGGGUUCUUCCAAAAGAAUCAAGGAUCUUCAGAUAAUUUUCAAUACGCCGCCUUCUUUCGGCAAAAAGCUCAACUGGGACGGCUUCACUGUACAUGAUGCGGCCUCUGUAUUGCGUAGAUACCUUAACGCUCUCCCUGAACCUCUUAUUGUUCUCGAUCUUUACGAAGACUUCAGAGAUGUUUUGUGCACCAAACCUCGCAUAAUGAAGUAUUUGAAGUUCAAGGCAGAAAACCCGAAAGAGAGCCGACAUGAUAUACCCGGCUCGAAAGCUGGCACCCCUAUAGAGACCAGCCAAUCAGAAAAGACACAAAAUCUCACGAGUCCCCAUAUUAUAAGCGAGCCUACCGAAGGGCUGUCAGAACCUAAGCCUUCAUCGUCUACGAGACAGCAAGUGCAAUCGCCCAAGGUUCAGACGGACGGUGAAAAGCUGAAGAGUUAUAGGAAACUCACAAGAGACAUGUACGCCGCAAUUGGGGAGUACAAGAUUCUUCUAGACCAGCUCCCGGAUCUUUCGAAGCAGCUACUAUUUUAUAUCUUGGACCUAUUGGCAAUGGUACAAAAUUACUCCCUUGAGAACCUCAUGAGUGCACGCAACUUGGCUGCAAUCUUUCAGCCCUCGAUUCUUCUGCAUCCAGAUCAUGAUAUGGAUCCAAAUGAGUAUGCGUUGUCACAGUCUGUCGUUGAGUUUCUCAUCCAAUAUGCCUACAAAAUUCUUCCCAGUUCAGACCCUUCAUCGACAUCGAUGAAGCCUACAGUAUUACCAAGUUCUUCUACUAUGCAAGCAGACAAUCUAGAAACCUCGUCCAUCGCAGCCAAGCGCCAUCACAGUAAGUCUUUCUCGACUAACGCGAAAGACUUUGACAUGAUUGGCUACAAAAGUGCCUCUCAGGGUCUUGAAAUACCCGAUCACUCGUUUGCCGAGGGCACUAGCGAUGAGGACUUGCCUCUUAGCAGACACAUUCCAGAACCAACAACAGACGAAAGUCAUCAGGAUCCAUGA